CAUAUAUUAGCUUAGUUUUCUUUUUUUUUAUCCUUUUUUUUUAUCCUAAUCCUUUAUCUCUCUCUCUCUCCCCCCCUUUCAUACUAUUAACAUAUUAUACAGAAUGUCAUUUGUAUUGAAUUCUUUACCAUUUGAAAUAAUUGAAAUUAUAUCUGCAAACAUUUCUAAACAAGAUUUACUAAAUGUAAUAUUAGUAUCUAAAGCAUGGUAUCAUCGAUUUCAUGCUUCCAUAUAUCGAUCUAUUUCAAUUGAUAACUCUACUAAACAAAAACAAAUUAUAUCUGCCUUUCGUACAAGUCCUCUUCUUCCAGGUCAUUUAGUUCAUUCAUUAAGUCUAUCCAAGAUUCAUUUCUCUGAACAUGAAAUAAUGGAGUUACCUAAAUUAUUUCCUGAUAUUGACACAUUGAACAUGGAUUGGCAUAUAUGGGGGGAUAUCGACUUUCAUACUUACUUUGAUCCAGAUGCUCCCAUCUCUUUCGUACAUCCUCCUCAAGGUUUACCUCCUAUGAUACAUCAGUUCUUUCACCAUUAUGGUGCUCGUCACUUGAGACAUCUUAUCAUUGAUGCUACUACCGCUACGAAUGAAACAACUGACAUUUGGUCUAUCUUGGCAUUAUGUCCACAUCUUAGGACACUCAAGUUAUAUAAUUUAAAUCAUGAACAUAUCAUUACCUUGGGCUAUCUAGAAACAAUUCAUCAAUUAUGUCCUUCCUUAAUCACGCUAGAGAUCAAAUGCACUCGAGCAGAUCCUAACCCUGCUUUGUUUCAUCAUUUUUCAUCCUUCAACCACGGUCAUGAAGGAAAGGAACAGGAUGCGAUCAUUCGAUUGAAACCUACUAUGCUUCGUCACUUUUCAUUAUCAUCCAAGUCAGGAUCCUCAAAGUGGCCGAUUUGGUUACCUUACUUUUCAUUCAAGUAUCCUCACCUCGAGCAUUUAAAGUUCAAGCAUUGUGGUUUAGGUGACGAUGGCUGUCUCAGUCAGGGGAUUCCUAAACAAGUCUUCCAACUCUUCACGCAUGGUUGUCCUGAAUUGAAAUCGAUUCACUGGAGUAAAAUCAGGGUCGAUCACGAUCAACAAAAUGGCUUAUUCAGUCUCUGUAAAGAACAUCAUGAUGAAACGAAACAGAUCCAACCCUUUCUCUAUUUAGAACAUAUAGAGGCCUAUGAGAAUUUUAGACUACCCGGUUCAUUGCAUUUCUCACCUAUUGUCCAACAAGGUAGUCUGAUGUCCAACUUGCUCACUUCACUUACCAUCGGUCAGCCUCCAGUGGAUGUCACGACUCAUCAAGUCAUUCGAGCUAUUGGACAAUGUAAGAAUUUAGUGAAUCUCAAGAUUCAAGAGUGCUUUUUAGAUCCCGAUUUAGCCUAUAACAUGGAUGAUAUCUUGAAGUAUUGUAAAAAUCUAAAACGACUGUACAUGAAGGAUGUUGUUAUCCAAGCAUCAUCUAGUAGUAGUAGGAAUGAUAGAAAAGACACAAUAACAACAACAACAACAACAACAACAAUAGCAGCAGACAGACAUGAAAAUCGACAUCCUUUAAGAGAGUUCAUCAUGAAGCGUUCCUCAUUUACAGAGGGAGCCUUUCAGGUUAUCUCUUCUUACUGUCCAAACUUGAAACAUGUUGCAUUACUUGGAUGCUAUCAAAAUGAUCGUCGAGAUCAAGUCAAGAUUAUAUUAAAUCAGCAGAGAUUAACGACGUUAAAGAUUCAGGGGCUUCGAACAAGGAACUAUUAUGCUGGAUGUAGAAUUCGUUUCUUUUCUAUUAAUGAUAAUGAUUGGUAUUACAUGAGUCAGUUUGAUAUUCGACCUCAUUCUGUUGGACGGAAAUUAUCUUUUCAAAAAUUUCGUUAUAUGGAGUUUGCUCAUCGACUUGACAAGUUGGAUGAUCGGGAUAUUCAAAAACUUAAAUCAUUAGUAACUACAAAAACGUUAAAGGCCUGGGAUGUAAUCGCUGUUAAAAGGAACGUUGAUAUACCUUAUACAACCUCAAUCGAUUCAUCUUACUGGGAUCCGGAAAAUAUUUAUUACAGUGGUUAUGUUAACAUUCAGUGUCAAUCCGUACAAAACUUGUAUAUUAAUAACAAAUUAGUUAUCUUGAAUAAUACCUUAUAAUAAACUCUUGCAAAAAAAAAAAAAAG